AUGUCCGACCAAGACGUUUAUCCAAACAAAUACAGCGAAUUGCGAAGUACCUAUAACUACUAUAUCGAUAUGUACAAUGCGUUGUAUCAGUUGAGAAAGGAAAAAGAAGAAGAAUUAAACUCGAUUUACAAAAUUUUCAAAACAGAAAUGAUUGAUUCAAAUAAAUAUCCUCCCGAAGAUAUGAUAAAAGACAUUUUAAAUCUCAUUCCGUAUAAUAAUCGCUAUGCAAAGUCAUAUUUAUAA